CUCACUUCUUUGACUCAAUCUGUGGUGAAAUAUAUUAAAAUGCUCUUUGGCUACCAAGCCACGUUGGCUACCCAACGGCAAGGCUUACCAAGGUCAGCCCCUGAGUAUCUAUUGCGAGAUCAAACCAUUUCUCUCGUUGAAUCGUGGAGAUGAGGGCCACAAAGCCUCAGUCCUCCCAGCUCCUCUGCUUCGAUGGUCAGAUCCCAUCGAAUCUGUUCGCGACAAGCUGAGCUCAGAAAAGACGCCAAGCUUUGACGGCCAAUGCCGCUAGCUCGGGCGCCCCGCCAUGGCGUGCGGCUCUUGGCGGCGCUGGCCGCCAUGAGGUCCUUGACUUUCGUGGACGUUUGGCCGCAGAUGUCCUCCAGGUCGCUGGUCGCAAGAUCGGCCCUCACCAAGGAGGAGCAGAAAGUUGUGAAUGAGUGGCGAGAACGUGACGAGGUGAUGACACUAGAAGAAGCCAAGAAAAAGGCCACAGGAAAGUUUGCAAUUCCUCCAGAGGAGUUGAUUCAGCGUGCAAUGCUGUACUUGGCAAAGAACCAGUAUGGAGUUGAGGAUCCCAACGAUUUGGCCGACGAUUUCCUCUUCGUGGGACAGGUGAUUGGUCCAUUGGAGAAAGAUGAGUUCAUCAAGACUUUGGGGCAAUUUGACUUGAAAGUGGCCUUCCCAGACCAGAAGGUGCGGUGGCACGACUUCCGUGUCGAUCCCUACGAGCCUUCGCGAGUAUGGUUCACCGCCCGUUCCAUGGGCACGAACUUGGGUGCCAUUCCUCCGCUGAUCCCGGAGGCGACCAACAAGGCCUUUGAGAGCCCACCAGAGGCAUGUUCUUUGCGCUUCAAUGAGCAGGGCCAGGUGGUCGAAUACACUGCAGGCUAUGUGAUCGACCGGCGCCAGGGCAACACUGGCGGGCGUGGGGGUUUGCUGGGCCCACUCUACGCUAUUGGCAAAGGCUUCCCGUUUCCAGAGGCGCAGCCUUAUGAAUGGUCUUGGCAACGGAAGCUUUUCACCUGGCUGGGAGAACUUCUGGCCGGUGCUGGCCCCAAAUGAAUCAGCGCAUGGCCACGGCCCAUGAUGGCCAUGGAUGCAAUGAAAGAGGUUCUCGGAAUAGACUGAUGUUAUGAAGUUGGAAAGGACUCUUUUGUCGGUUUGUUGAGCUUCUUGGUUGCAACGGAAAAGCGCUCCAAACCCCAAGUCCCCCAUGGGCGCUGAAGAGCCCAGGAACGUCUUUUCCACAGGGUACCGCACACGGUACCUGAUCCAUUGGUUUCGCACUCGUUUUACAGCGAUUCCAUGGCGAGCUUGGUGGUUCAUCCCAGUCUGACUUGGACCAGUGUCGUUUUCAUUUCUCCCGGUGAACAGGCUGUGCUCAUCCAACGUGGUUGCG